AUGAGCCAAGCAACCCUUCGCACCAACCGUCUCGAACUACGGCCCCUCGGGCACGAGCACGGUGACUAUAUCUAUCAGCUCGACUCAAACCCGGAAGUUAUGAAGUACAUCGGAUAUGGCAAGCCACUCACGGCCGAUGAGUCGACGAUUGUGCACAAGCUGCUCCUCGAGACAGCAUCAUUUGGGUCUGGCCUUGGAUGCUGGGCAGGAUUUGCUGGAGACGAUUUUGUGGGCUGGUGGGUGCUGGCGCCCAGUCAAAGCAACGACGAUCCGCCUCAGGUGAAUAAGAAGCGAGUCGAGUUCGGCCUAAGAAUCCUUCCCAAGUUUUGGGGUCAGGGGUUCGCCAAAGAGGGUUCUCAAGCGCUGGUCAAGCAUGGUCUCGAAGACCUCGGGGUGGAAGAGGUCUUUGGUGAAACCAUGGCCGUGAACCAAGGGUCCCGAGCUAUCAUGGCAAAAAUUGGACUUAAGCAUGUUCGAACAUUCCACAACAAGUACGACAAUCCUCCUCCGGGAAUCGAGGAGGGUGAGGUGGAAUAUCGAGUUACAAGGGAUGAGUGGUCAUCGCAACAAGCAUGUGCUGCGUAG